AUAUGUUUAUAAAGAUACAGAAGCAGAACAACACUGAGUGGAAGUUCCUUUCCACAGAAGACGGCUCCACAUGUUUCCGGCGGCGACACGGCCAUUAGCCUCCGUCAACUGCAAAUUUCCCGAUGAAGCACCGGAGUAUUUCCCGAUCAAAUUAACCGAUGUUUUCAAUUGGCUUGUUGCUCGCCUCUGCUCCGACUUCGGAUCGUCUGUAAUUUUAAUCCUACUGUACUCCGCUGGUACUUUCUUCGCCAUCACUGCGCCUGCAUGGAUGCUGCUGCGGAACUCGAAAAGGAGGAGGAAAGUCGACGAAUCAUUUUCUCCUACAGAAGUUUUCGAGGCGGAGGUCAACGGAGAGUCGCCGGAGGAGCGGAUUGGUGCUCCUAUCGCCGAUGACGGAACCAUGGAUAAAGCUUUCCAAGAAUACGAAAUCGCAGUCGAUAACGAUGCUAGUUACGCAGAGGAAAUUCAGAUUCAUGAAGCAUUGUUGGCUUCUUCAUCUCACAACAAGGAGCAAAAAACAUUCGGAAAAGGACUCGAAGACUCGUCACAGCAAAGCUUCUGCGAAAUCUGUUUGGACAACAAAGAAAACUGGCAAAUGUACGCUAGCGACGAAUGCUCCCACUCCUUCUGCUACGGCUGCACGAGCCGCCACAUCGCGGCGAAGAUCGAAGAAAAUUCGAAAACAAUACCUUGCCCCGCAUUUCACUGCAAGGCGUCGUUAAACUCCGCCGAUUGCCGGCUAAUGAUUCCCGACGACAUCCUCGUCCAAUGGGACGAGCAUCUAUGCAUGUCCCUGAUCCCGGAAUCUCAGAAACUAUACUGCCCCUUCAUCGACUGCUCGACCAUGCUGGUAAACGACGGCGGCGGAGAAAUCGUGAGGGAGAUCAAAUGUCCCGUCUGCAAGAGACGAUUCUGCGGAGAAUGCUGCGUCCCGUGGCAUCCCGAGUUCACGUGCAAGGAGGUGCGGAAAGCGCAGUCGAAAAGGGGCGGCGGACGGGACGGGGAGAGGAUAGUGAGAAAGCUGGCGAGGAAGAAGAAGUGGCAGAGAUGUCCUAAGUGUAAGAUGUAUGUGGAGAAGGGCGAGGGGUGUGUUCAUAUAACUUGCAGGUGCAGAUAUGAGUUUUGUUACAGGUGUGGAUCCAAAUGGAAUGAUUCUCAUGGCAAUUGCAGACCUAAGGUAUGAGGAGGUAAGGAUUUGCAUAACCUUAAUUCUUGGAUUGUUCAAUAUUGUGUGUGUUUGUUUAUUAUAUAAUUCAAGAAUUGUUGUCCAAACAUGCCCUUAGUUAGCGUUAGCGUCAGGGCAUGUCAUUGGUUAAGUUCUAAUUUGACUAAAUCAAUAUACAGCACUAACAUAUAUUUACAGAUAUUUCAGCAUAUUUAUAUAUAAAUAUAUUAGUCACUUAUAUAACACAUGUUGAUCCGGUCAAAUCAGCACAAAAUUUAACA